UGGUCUGGUUCAAGGUCAGAACUGGGCACCUAAAGCAGAGGGUGCAGGGGCCAGUCCGUAUCACCUCACCCAGUUAGUCUCAGAAGACUGAGGAGAGAGAGAGAUCUUAAAGAGGGACUGUCUGGAGUCUUGUAGGCUGGUGUGACUGUCUGAGAGAGCUACCUACUCAAGGCUGGUUGAUCUGGUUUGCAAAGAAUCUUGUUGGGCUGACCAACAGAGGGCAGUGUGAGAUUUGAACAAUCCUACAUUCCUCCGGUCUCCUCAGGUCCUUGCUGUUUGUCUGCAGUCAGAAUCACCCCUCUGACAAGCAUGAAAGGCUCUCCUGACCUAAUUCCGGCUGCAGAGCUGGACCCUACAAGAGUGUGUAAAGGGAAGGGGGUCGUGACUCUGAGGGCCACUCUGGUACACAUAGACGACGAGGACUGCGUCAGUAAAGAUCCCAACGUCGAAACAGCACCAAGUAGUUGGAUCGGCCAGAUCAAUGGAGACAGCUCUCUAACAGGAUUGGCUGAGGGAUGCUUCCACGACAUCACAGACAUCAACAGAACUCAACCCCAGGGAAGUUCUCCUGUGAGCACAGAAGAACGCCAGUUUCUUGCCUUUGACAUUCAGAACCAUAUUACAUCGACAAAGGCUCCCUCUGCCUACCCAUCCACCACCAAAACGGUCAACCCAACCAUAGUUCUGCUACAACACAACAGAGACCCCACCCCAGAGAGGGACAAAUUGUCUGAUCCAGGACCUGUAGUUGGGGCAGAGAGAGAACAGAGCCAACACCCAGAUAUGGAUGGCAAGAGGAUGAGGUUCUCACAAUCCCCUGUCUUGGGCCCACUGAACCAGCCCAACCUGCCAGUACGGAACACAGAUAAGUCCAAGGACUGGUACAAGAACAUGUUUAAACAAAUACACCGAAUUCCAGAACCUGUUGAGGAAAACCCAUACCGCCCCACCUACAUAUUCCCUGAAUUCUAUGAUCCUAGACAGAUGAAAACCACAGAUGAUGGUCCCUCCCCCUACGGUUUUGUGGAAGAUGUGAAAGGGGUCCCACGGUCAAAAAGUGCUGCUGAAGUUGACCAUAGGUUGUCUAUGCCUGUGCCAACCCGGUCCUCUUCCCUCAAACCUUCCAAAAGGAACGAGUGGGAGCCCCCUGACAAAAAGGUAGACACCAGGAAGUACCGUGCCGAGCCCAAAAGCAUCUUUGAGUACGAGCCGGGAAAAUCAUCGGUGCUGAAACUGGAGAGAAAGACUCAGGACAUAAGUCCAGAAGAUGUGCAUUUAGAGAAUGAGCCUUGGUAUAGAUUCUUUUCAGAGAUGGAUUUUGAUGAAGCGAGUGCCCCCUCUUUCAGCCCCUUGGAAACACCCGCCGAACUACAGCAGUACUCCGGGUGUAAGGCCGGACACAGCGAGGUGGAGAAGGACGAAGGAUCAUCCAGCGGCGAGCCAGCGGCUCCAGAAUGUGACCGCCAUGUUUACAAGAGCGUCCUGGAGGGCGGCGACAUUCCCCUGCAAGGUCUGCGGGCCAUCAACAAGCGCCAUGCCAGCACCUCCUCCAAAGAUUCAGAGUCCUUGACCCAAGGAGACCUUGGUGACGGCCUGGAUGAGGUGGUCAGGAGACGCCAUGGAGAUAAAGAGAAAAUUUUGGAAGAGCAACGGCGGCUGAAGAGGGAGCAGGAGGAGGCUGACACAGCAUCGAGGCGACACACGGGAAUUGUUCCCACCCACCAUCAGUUCAUCACUAACGAACGUUUCGGAGACCUGCUCAACAUCAACAUCAAUGACGCAGACAAGAGGAAAUCCGGAUCAGAGAGAACUCCAGCCCUGGCUCGGUUUGACUUCAGAGCGGAGACUCUAAAGGAGUUACCAUUUCAAAAGGGAGACAUUGUGUACAUCAUUCGACAGGUGGAUAAUAAUUGGUUUGAAGGGGAGCAUCACGGCAGAGUCGGCAUCUUCCCGCGGAGUUAUGUUGAGCUCCUUCCCCCCACGGAGAAGGCCCAGCCAAAGAAGAGUGCCCCAGUGCAGGUGCUGGAGUAUGGAGAGGCCAUUGCACGCUUCAACUUUACAGGGGACACGGUGGUGGAGAUGUCAUUCAGAAAGGGAGAGAGGAUCAUCCUGAUUCGCAGGGUCGAUGAGAACUGGUACGAGGGCAAAGUCUCUGGCACCAAUCGCCAGGGUAUAUUCCCAGUCACCUACAUAGAGGUGCACAAACGACCCAGAGUAAAGAAUGGAUUGGAUUACCCAGACCCCCCCAUUGGCCAAUCACCUCACCGCAGCCUCAAUGCUUCCCCUCAGCUGAACCGUGUCCGUAACAACCGGCUCACCACAUCCCCCCUGCCCCUCCCCCGCUCCCCCCGCCGCUCUGUAUCCCCCGAGGUCCAUGCCAUCUCCUCUGAGUGGAUCUCCCUGACCAUAGGGGGUGCCAGCCCCCCCACUGCCCCCACCCCUCCUCUACCCCCGCUCCCCUCUGUGUCUUACCGCUGGGGCGAGUACCUGCCCCCCUCCAAGUCUGCCAGCCCCGUGCCCCCCAUCUGCGGCAGCCCCUAUUGCAUCUCCCCCAUGGCCUCCCCCUCUGCCUCCCCCCUGCCCCCGCCCUACCCGCCCCGCCCUGGCUCGGCCACCCCUUUCCUCACCUUCACCCCGCCCCAGGGGGAGGACUUCCUGCUUUCCCCUCCCUCUCCUCGUCUGUCCCGCAGCCUGAGCCCCUGUGGAGGGGCGGGCCUGGAGAGCUGGUUGACAGGGGCCAGCCCCUUGAGCAUCCUGGAGAGGGAGUUGAUGGAGGGGGAGGGGGCAGAGGGAGACAGGGGCACUGGCCGCGAAGCCCUGGGCAGCUGGCGAAAUAGCCCUGCAGAGCUGCUGAAGAAUGACAGUGACUACCAUGGAAGAACCUCCAGAAGCCCUGUCAUGUUGUUUGACAUCCAGGACAACAACAUGAAUGCUAACUCAUUCACGCAACCCCAGUCCCACAGCAGCAGCCCGGAGCCAAGCCGUCUCAGCUGUGGAAUUUUCCAGGCUUUGUACAGUUACGUGCCACAGAAUGAAGAUGAGCUGGAGCUGCAGGAGGGAGAUCUUGUCAGUGUCAUGGAGAAGUGCGAUGAUGGCUGGUUUGUUGGUACCUCGAAGAGGACAAAACAGUUUGGCACGUUUCCAGGAAAUUACGUAAAAGAGGUCAACUUAUAACCUGCCAGCAAACAUUUAUAGUGUGAGGAGAACCUAGCUCUAACCCUUGGUUGCCUGUUGAGUGUUGGGAAAUAAUUACUAUUAUGCUUGACUCUUUAAAUUAGGACAGUUAUUUAGUCAAGUGAAUACGUUUGUCUAAUGUAAGUGAUCAGUUUGGUCUGAGGUAUGUUAAGGUGCAUGAGGUGACAAUAGGAGAAAGCUAGCUGUUGACCCUCUGCCCAAUCGUCAGUGUGGUGUACACAUACCCUAACCACGUCCUGCACAGUACAUGGCUGAAUUUAUCAUAUGAUAUUCUAACAAUGGAAUUUUUAGUAAAACAAUUCAAUGUCACACACUGCAGCAUACACUGAGUGUACAAAACAUUAGGAACACCUUCCUAAUAUUGAGUUGCACCCCCCUUUACCCUCAAAACAGCCUCAAUUCAUCGGGGCAUGGACUCAAAGUGUCAAAAGCGUUCCACAGGAAUGCUG